AUGGUCGCCGCAGCUGUAUCCAAUCCGGCCGAGCGAGGGGCUUCUUCUAGCAGCUCCAGGAAGCUCCGCUCGGCGUGCGACAGCUGCCAUCACACCAAGGUCAAAUGCUCCGGGGGCCGUCCCUGCGAGAAGUGCCGGAAGAUGGGCUUUGAUUGUGUCUACAGCGCCUCGAACCGCAUUGGGCGGCCCAAGAACACGAGAAACAAAAAGACUCUCGAGCGCAUCCGGAGGUGUCAGGAAGCACAGGCGAGCUCAGCAAUCGUGGAAAAGCAGCGGACGGCCGAGGCAUGCUUGGACUGGGCGGUCGAGACGAUGCACGACGACUGCCUCCCCUCGCUGGGCGAUUUCAGCAGUAUGUCGCUCGACGGGAUGGCAACCGACGACUUUCUCCUGCCACUGUCGAGCUUCGACGCCGGGACGAAUGCAAUGGACGACAUCGACAUCCUGAAUCCGAGUGCCGCUCUGCAAUCGACCUCACCAGACUCACCUGUGAUGGCUGGCAUCGAUCCCAGCAGCAGCACAUCCUCUCCAACGCAAACCAUCUCCCAUCCCGGUCACGACAGUGGCGUCAGCGCGCCUUCUGAGGAGAGCAGUCUCCCAUCCUCACCGGGCCAUGUCGACCUGACCAUAGACCCCAGCGCAAACACGCCAGUACCCCAUCACACCUCGGAUGUCCCCCUCCCUUCUCCCCCUCCGUCCGCGAUGAAGUUGUCGUUUUCGCACUCCGAACCGACAGGAUUAGCCACCCGGCCCUGCAAAUGCCUUGCGGAUCAAGCUGGUCUUCUAGUGUACCUCAAGGGUCUGUCGACCCAUCGCGCGGUGCCCCGGGUCGAUGCAGCCCUGCUGGGCACAUCGCGGGCGCUGGCGACCUGGCGCACGUUUCUCCGGUGCCGGACGUGCUGGCCCGGGUGGCGGCGUAGCACGGACGUCCUCGAGAGCCUCACGCUGGCGGCCAUGAACGCGAGACUGGUGGUGCAGGUGCUGCAGACCCAAGUGCAGAGCCUGUUGACGUCGAGCAACCGCAUCCCCAACGCCUUGAAUGCGCGAUGCGAUGAUGAUGACGGUGACGAGAUGGAGCAUCCCGUGCGCGCACGUCUGGGAACCUACGCGGCAGGGCCUGCGGAAGCGCGCAUGCUCUCGGCGAUGCUGCUCUUCCGGGCGAGCAACCAGGUCGACGCUGUGCUGCGGCAGUUUCGCAUGCAGGCAGAGCGUCUCGACACGGGCAGCGUCAGUGCACGUGGCCGGCGUUGUGGGGACGAUAGCGAGCAGGAGCGGGAACGGGUACGGGAGCGGGAGCGGGAGCGGGAAGCGGAACGGGCCGAGGGCGGGGACUGGCAAUUGUCCCAGCCAUGGGAGGACAGCGAGAGCGAAGAAAGCGAGGUCGAGGGUGACGGCGAAGGCGACAACGACAGCGCGCGACAGGCUCGACAGGUCAGGGCUAGCGCUGUCGAUCCGAAUCCCUGUACGGAGUACAUUACUUAUUUGGACGACAAUCCGCUUAUCAACGAGUCGGGCGGGAGAACACUGUAUGUACAUUCGUACGAAGAUGUUCUUUUUUUCUCGGGCGGCACGCAGACCCGCGCCUAA